AAAAGAUCCCCUUUAUAAAGUAACACCUUUUUGGUAUAAUGAGAUAAUCACUGCAGCUUUGUUGUGUUUAAUUGUCUCAAUGACAAUUUCAAGUUUUAAAUUAUAACUACCCUAAAAGCAGAUAAUUUUUUUUAAAAAAUCAUAAAAGCGAAUUCAGGCACCCUGAAGCACACCGUUAUGAAUUUUUCAGAGUUUGACAUGAAACAUAGUUUUUUCCACAUCCAUAUCUACUAGAAUUGAAAAAAAUUUGUGACAAUAUAUAGGAAUAUUUAAAAAUUCAUGCAUUGCUGUGAAUUAUGACUAUUUUUAUUUUUGCCUGAUGAAUCAAUGGAGUCAUUGUGGCAGUCACAAAUUGACUGUAGCAGUUAAAGUAAAAGCAUGGAUGAAGCAGGUAGAAAAGUUUUGAAAUCUAAGAAGGGAUUCAUACUGAAAAACCUUAUCCUGAAUGAUGAAAUCCUGGACUUUUUAGAAAAUAAGAAUGUGCUGACAGAGGCCAUGAUACAAACUAUAAAGGCUGAGAGAACAGAUAAUGACAAGAUUGUCAUGCUACUCUAUAUACUGACAAGAAGAGGACCUACUGCUUUCCAGAAAUUUGUGGAAGCCAUCAGACCAGACUUCAGCUUUGUGUCUGAGAUGCUUGAAGCAGAAUAUGCCACUGAACUCAGUGAGGAGGAUGCCAACUCAGGCAAGCUAUGCUCAGGCUCAGAGAUGUCAAGUCAAGAAAUAUCAAGGCACAAUUCCAACGAGUCUAUAAACAAGGAGGAAACAGAGAUUAUUAACCUAUGCAAAAACUGCAGUCACCAAAUAGAAGCAGACAAACAGCCAUUUCCGAAGGAAAAAUCUACAUCUGGAACGUCAGAUUUUAUGCAAAGAAUGAUGCAAGAAUUUUUCACGUGUUGGUAUACAAAACUCAAAUCUCACAUGACUAACAGGAACUUGAGAGAGCUGUCAUUUAAGAGUCCUGUGCCAAUAACAUAUGACAUGGUGGACCAGCUGAUAGACGAGUUAAUUGGUACAGUGGAAGGAUGUUACGAGGCUUUGGGGAAAAGGGACAACUUAAAAACUCAUGUGAUCCAUCUUAAAGAAUCAAGGAAGAAAAUGAAGCAAGAAUUGAAAGAAAAGGAAGACCAAAGGAACAAGUAUGCUGAUAAUAUAAUUAAGCUUGAGAAUAGAUGCAGAGACCUCAGUGAAGAGAUUGAAGCUAUGAAGAGAAACAAUCAAAAAGUACAUGCUGAAAUGAUGAGUCUGGAGGAAGCAAUGGAAGUUAAACUAAAGGAAAAGGACACAGAAAUUGACAAUUUAGGAAAACAGUUAACUGAUGCACUAAAAAGACAGGAGGAAGAUAAUCAAAAGCUUGCAGAGGCUAAAACUCACAUAAGGCAACUACAAGGUGCAGGGUAUGGAAGUAAAAGGUCAAGAUCUAGAGAUGAUUACCUUGACAGAGGACAUGUCAGUAACUACACACAAAGAAAUAAGAAACAUAAUAUGCACACAGAAUCAACUGCACUGACAUCAAGACAGGUGAAAGAGGUACAGCACAUCAAUGACAAAGAAACUGAAGAAUUCACGGCUGUAGAAGAACCUGAUGGUUUAAAGCUGAGAAGAACCGAGUCAUUUGUAGAAACAUGGUACCAGACCAGCCUAUCUCCAGUAGAAAAGGCUUAUGGAGAACAAUCACAAAGAGCAGAUAAAGAAAACAAUAAUGAUUUUGUAGGAAAGAAGAGUCUCAGUACAAAGAACAAGGAAACAUCUGAUAAUUCUAAACCUCAGCAACAGUCAUUAAUGAUCAGUAACAGUUCUAACAAGUCAACCCAGAAUUCAGAGCCUACUGAUCUAACUAAGUCUAAACGGUCACAUUCAAGAAAGAAUUCCAUCAACAGGAGACCAAGAAGGAAAAUUGCAGGUGGAAAUCAACAAACAUGGUUUGGAACUUAUGCAAACAACCAACAAACUGCUCCAAGGAAUUUAAGACAUGCAUCUAAUGAAUCACCAAGAAUUUUAGACACUUUGGUUAUCAACUGUGUAAAUAAUAACCAAUCCACAUAGAAUGAAGCCCAAGAGGUCCAAAAGCAAUUAGACACCAAUGAAAGACUUUUCUUAGAAAAAAUGGCUUGCUCCCGUUACCUUUUGUGACUAGAAAAUUUCCAGUUCACACUUUUGUUAUAUUUACACUUUAUUUUAUAUAUUUUGUUUUUCUUGUUGUUCUUUAUCAUGUUACUAUUUUGUUCAUAAGUUCAAAUAUUAAAAAUGGCUGGCUCCUGUUAUGUUUUGUGAAUAGAAACUUUCUAGUUCACCAUUUGUUAUAUUUAUAUUUGACUGUUUUUUCUUGUUGAUUUUUAUCAUGUUGCUAUUUCAAACAACUCUUUCUUUUAAAUAUAAUGUAAGUGUUGUAAUUGCGUUUUUCCUAAUUACUUAAUUGCAUGUUUAAGUUACUUAUUUUCAAAAGUCAAUUCCUGUAUGCAUCUCUAUUUUUAUUUCUUAAAGUAACUUUUUAAUUGGUUAAUUGUAUUCAAACUGGUACAUAGUACAAAAGAAACUGUCAAUCAAUGUCUAAUUAUUCUAAUCGGCAAAUUCAAAAUUUUGUCUUACAAAGAUAGACAAGAUACUUGUACAGUAUAGAUUUAAGAAUCACAAAGGAUAAAACUUGUCUUACUGAUAUAAACGGUUAUUGGCAAGACAUCAGAUAAAAGUUUCCCUCCCUUGUACUGUCUUCUUAAAUUAGAACAGUACUAAUAUGCAACUAAAAAAAAGACAUAUUUCCAAACAGGAAU